AUGUUGCUGGCACUACCCGAUCCGGGCCCACCUCUACGCUUCCCAGGUUCUUUCUGGGCGCAGCCUGGCCGGGCUGAAAAAACUCGGAGCUGGUCUCCUACGGCUGGAACGCCCACUAAAGCGCUGUGUCUUGGGCAGGGCGGGGACAGGCUCCGGGCCUCGGCUCCGUCCCCGACUCUGAGAGAGCUAAGUGAAGGGGAGGGCUGGGGGGGACUGACGCGCCUCCAGAAAGUGCCCUGCGUCCGCUGCCCGGGCGAUUCGAGUCACAGUGGCGCCAACUCCCGAAUCGGCGCUGAGGGCCCAGGCCUGGACACCUCCCACCCUCGGACGAAGGGCAGACUAUCGCCUCCUCUCUUCCCGCCAGUUGAAUCCACCCCGCGCGGCCCUCCUUCCCUGCCCGCACGACUUCGGUCCGCGAGCGGGCGCUUGCCCGCCAGCCUCCGGCCUCGGCCUCCACUUGCCCCGGUGGGCGCGCGUGAACUCCGCGUCUGGCGCUUGCUCCUUGGCCGCCAGGCUCCCGCGCUGCCGGGCUUCCUGUUCAACAAUAUAGCGAGGGAGGCACCGGCGGAGAGCGCCCGGCAGAACUUCCUCCCGGGCUGGGGCUGGGCUGCGGCUGGAAGAGACAAUCCCCGGUGUCCCGGCUUCCUGUCCCCUCUGGGCCGGGCCAGUGCCCCAGGAGCGGAGACGCCACCCCCUCCCCCUACACCUCCCGGGAUCCUGGGCCACACCUGGCUGGAGGAGGAGGCAGCAGAGCCAGGAUGGGAGGACGAGGGGUGCAGGAGGCCCUCUACCAACUUCUCUUGCCAGAUUUCUCUCCACCCUAGCCCCCUUGAUCCUUGUGGGGUAAGGAGGUCGCUGUCCUGUUUGUUCUCAGGGUGUUGCCCAGGAUUGACCCCAUAUUGUGCCAGGUGUCUCCAUGUCUCUAAGGCCUGGUGGCACCCUGGGCUCCUCCACAGCAGGCACCUGGCAGAACUCAGCAUUCAUGCCCCUGGUCCUCCCUGCCUCCCACCCCCAUGCUUAGAAAAUGGCCAGAUGUAUCCCCUCACACCCACCCACACCCACAACUUAAGCCCUUCUCCACCUCCCCGGAGUUACCCACCCAGGCAAGGCGGCAGUGGCUGGUAGUGGUUAAGGUCCUGGCCUGAGGUCAGGCAGGUCUGAUGCCCAGCUCUGCCACUUGCUGGCCUUGGGACCUUGGGAGUUUUGCCUUCUCUGCAUCUGCUUUCUUUCCUGUAAACUGGGAUGUAACAACUAUUUGAUAGGAUUGUUGAGAUGAAUAAAUGAGAUGCACGUCAUACAAUGCCUAACAUGGUAAAUACACGAUACGUUAGUUACUAUCACGACCUUUAGACAUGAGCCUUUCCCCUUUUCAAGGUUGGAUUGAGGUCUCCAAACCUCCUAUCUUCCUUUAGGCACAAGGGGAAAGGGGCAAACAAGAGACCUCACAGCACUUUG